UACAUUAAAAAAGAUAAUAAUAUACCAUCUAUAUUAUACUACUAUACUAGUACUAAAUGUGCUCAAAAUAUUCAAUACGAUCGCAAAAUAAAAUAUUCAACUAUAAAUAAUGGUAUUUUAUUGACAUCAAUGGCACCAUUGGAUUACUAUAGAUCGGAAAUAUUGUCACAAUUGUACGGUAAUAAUGGUGGCCAACAAUACCCGUCGUCGUCGUCGUCGUCGGACAAUCGGGCCGAUUGGUGUAUCAAUAUUAUGACUAAAUCAUUGAAACAAAAUAAAUUACAUACAGCUGGUCGACAAUUGGUUUAUAUUUAUACGGGUAGAAAAAUACGUGUUGAUCCAGGUCAUGUUAUAGAUAAGCCCAAAUGCAUUAAAAAUAAUUUCAAUACAUUUACUACACAACAACAACAACAACAACAACAAUACGGAAACAAUAAUUUAUUAACAACUAAUAAAUUGCCAAUAAAUUCAAAUAAUAAUUUUAAUAUGACUAAUUUUAUACAAAUAUAUACACGACCGGAUCAAUUGUUUCACAACAAAUACAAACUAACCUAUCAGGAUGGCCAGGUUAGCAUUGUUGCACCCGAAUGGGUUGAACUAGGAUUACAGCAAUUAUCCAAAUUUAUCGGAUCAACUGGUUUAUCAUGCAAACUAAUUGAUUCGCAAUCUAACCAACGUGAUUAUAUUAUACCCGGUGGACACCAGUUAACACUAAAACAGUUGGUAAUGUUGGCCCGCAAUGAAUCGGGUAAUACCAGUGGACGUAUAAACUUUCAACAGUAUGGUUCCCGAUUGCCCCGUGAGGUCAUACUGAGUAUUAAGGACCUGGCUCGUCAAUGUAUUAUUGUAGGCCGUAAUAGGACCAGUCAUUAUGGUGGUUAUCCAAGGGGUACACCCCGAGUAUUGCAAAGUGUCAAGGUCUAUCUGGUAGAUCUGAUUGGGCUACAGUUUCAACAAUCGUACAACAGUGGACGUUUGGUUACCCAUGGCUACAGAGAACGGGGUGUACUGGAUGAUUUUAUUUAUGAAAAAAUUAUGGGACAACCUAGACCAUCCAUACACGAUAUACAAAGUGAUAGGACGGGUAGAUUUGUAUUGGUUAACGGUGCCUGUUUUGAUAUACUAGCUUAUAUUAAUUUUGUGGCCAAUGAUGUCUAUUUGUGUGGUAUGGCCGUGGAUGCAUGUGCCCAUGAACUGGUCAAUUUUAAAUUUGUCAAAUACGGUACCGGGUUUUAUGCACCGGAACCGUACAAAGCAAUUGUCAACCGAUAUAUCAAUGCCGGUGUCAGCUCCGGCCUCAAUAAACUGUUAGAUAACAGUGCCGUACAGAAAAUAGCAUCAAUAGAGUUACCAUUUUUUGAUCCAACCCAAGAUAUCAUUGAUUCACUGGUCAGUCAUAAUAGGCCGGCACCUGUAUUUGGUAAACAGGAUGCAUUGAAACAGACCAACGGUUAUUUGACGGCCACAACUAACUGUGCCGAUGGACACUGUGUUACCGGCAAUGAGAUGGGCUUCAACAGUGUUGACAGUGCUAUAGCUGAGAACCUGGUGGACAGGGCUAAUAAAUUUUCACCGGUGCUCAAUGAGCUGAUGACUGAACGAUAUAUACAGGUGCCCAAUACACAUAUGCCCAGAGCUGGUCUAUAA